AUGGAGAAUGUCAAUGUUGCAGAAUUGGUGGAUCGCCUUGGAAGUGAUGAAGAUGCCGUGCGCAAAAUGGCAGUCUUCAAACUCCAGGGCAACAUCGGAGAUCCAUCCUUCGCCGAACUCUUUAUCAACGAGGGGGGCUUGACUCGUCUGCGCUAUUUGACCCUGCACGCGAGUGGGAAUACCCUCGCCUACAGUUUGACCAGUUUUGCGCGAUUACUGGAGGUGGAUAAGGGAUGGGAUUGUGUGGAUCAGGAAUUGGUAGAACGGAUUGUCGAAUUGAUCGUCACCCAUCCCCUAGUGAACAUCCUCCGCGGCGCCAUGUCCAUCCUCGUCUCCAUAGUCUCCCAUCCACACACACCACAGGACCCCUCGGAGCCCGAUGUCUUUGGGUUCCGAGCCUUGAAACCCGCCAUUGCAAUCUACCCCCAGUUCCUCGAGAUGCUUGUCAGUCGACUAUCCUCCGCAGACCACGCUCUAUGUGCCAAUGCGCUGCAAUUGAUCAAUUCUUUGAUGCGCGAUUCCAUUACCCACGAUUCCGAGGCGGAGUGGCCGAAAUUCAUCCAGAAAUUACAAGAUCUCGGUGUGAUCCGGGCAGUUUACGUCCUAAUGCAAGACUCCGCCCUUCAAGACCUCGCACAUCCGUUGAUAGAAUUUCAAUCUUUGACUAAGGUUCUACUCCGAAAGUGGAGGGAUAUUCCUCUGAGCCAGGAUCAGCCUGAACACCGACGCGCAUUGAAGGGAAUCCACCUCGCCAGUAACCCGACCAAGGCAUCUGACAAAGCUACAGAAAAUGGCGAGGAUGUGAAACGCUCAAGGCGGCAUCACCCUGAGAAAUGGCGCCGUCUUGGCUUCGAGACUGAGUCUCCAGCCACUGAGUUCUACGAGGUGGGCUUUUUGGGAAUGAUGGAUCUAGCAGACUAUGUCCGCAGUCAUCAAAAUGAGUUCCAGAAAAUUCUCCUCGAGCAAUCUACCAAACCAUCACGUCAACGGUGUCCGAUUGCGCAGGCUUCUUUAGCCGUGACCUCGAUCCUGUACGAGCAUUUCGAGGUAGACAAAUCCGAGAUGGACGAUUCGAAGAACUACAUGAUCAUGGAAUCACGAUCCAGUCUGGAUAAGCUCUUCAAGCCAUUACUACUUCACUGGACGAGACUGCAUGUUGCGGGAUUACAAGCAUUUUUCCGAAUGUGGAAAGCCACAGCCGCAGAGACAGAAGAUCUGGAUAAACUAGUCGAGCUAGUACGGAUUCUGAUUGAAUCCGUAGUCGGCGGUGCAGGUCGAACAAAGGAUGUUCAGGAUGUGGAAGAGGAACUAGCGAAUUACGAGUACCACCGACUCCGUGAACUACAGAUGGAGUUACUGGAACUUACAUACGAGGAUGCGUGGGGUCAACAUCUACGACAAGUUCGCGAGGAACUGCAUCAUGAGGCAUUGCAGUUCGUUAAGGAACAGCGGAUUCGUUGCUUGUUACAAGGUGCUUGGUUUUCGUUGGAAUCUACUUCCAAGGAUGGCACUCGCACGAAAUCCUCGUGUCAGUAUGUGCAGCUUUCGCACAAUAGACGGUACCUUCAUUUUGGAGAGUUUGAUAAUAUUGGUAAUGGAGCUCCUGAAUUGGAUGCUCUACCUGAAAAGAUCGACCUCUCAACCGUCUCUUCAGUAGUCUCCAACAUCUCCACAAACCCAGAUAACUCCUCCUCGGCAACAGUGAAGACCACACCACGGUCCGCAUCUACGAAGAUCACAAUCCACGGCUAUGCCCCACCAUCAACAGGAACAUCCAAAGGACCUAGCCACGGACACGGACACGGGCGUACAGGAAGUUGCUCCACACAAAAAGAAAUCGUUCUUCUAACACUACGUCCCGCAACACAUAGUAUAGCCUCAGAAUGGCUGGACGGACUUCUUAUGAUCCUAAACCAACAACCGAUAACCUCGGAAACAAACAAACUGAUUGAUUUGGUUGGGAACUAUGGAUUGAAGAUUCGAUUGCUGAAUGUGCGAUUUGAUGAUGCCGCGUUUGCGGGCGAGGUUCCUCCUGUGCCGGUUCGUGAUGGAUUAGAUGAGGAUUAUUAUUAUGAUGUUUUUGGGGGUGCUUAA